AUGGCUCAGGAAAUAUUUCAUAAGAAAUGGCUAAAAAAUUUGGGAUAUCAUUCAUUAAAGUUGUUCCCAUACAAAUUCUUGUUGAAUCAUAAACAUGUGAAAGCUCAUUACGAAUAAUUUAAAGGAGAAGGAGAAUAUUUGAAUUAAUUUCUCAAUGUCCCUUAUAGAUUGACUAGUGAAAGAUUUUUAGGGGAAAUCCUUUAUAAAGAGUUAGUAGAAUUAGAGAAACAAAAUGUGGAGGUGAAGAUCAGGAAAAUUAGAGCCAUAAAUGCGAUUACAUAUUUUAUUGGUUUAGGAACCUAUAGAUCACCAAGUGUAGUUUUAAUGGUAACUUCAAAAUUCUAAUUUGUCGAUUAUUAUUUUCGAGAAUAUUAUGGUGACAAGAAUCGAAUAAUUUUGUCAUUCUUAUUUAAGAUAAUCCAUUCAUUAGGAUUGGCAAAUGAAUUUUUAGAGAAAGUUGAACAAACGAAGGAUUUAAAAUUGUUUAUAUUUAUUUUGAAUGAGUUCAUGGUUCGAUAGAUGGGUGACCACAAGAGAAGAUUAGGAAUUAAGGAAGUAGAGAUAAUUUAAAGGAUGAGUGAACAAUGGAAGGACAAUAUAAAAAUAAGUUGGAUGUUGUAUAAGUUAUAUAUAGAUCAAGAUUUAAUGUGA